CUAGAGAUUAUCCAAAUGCUUCUUCGCCCCAGGAAGUUCUGGCUAGAGGAUGUCUCAGAGCGAGGAGAGGCCAGUCCCAGUGCUGAACCACAGCGCCCCUCGAGCCUGACCCUGGCACCUUCACCAGCCAGGGAGGGCCACUUCAGCGAUGCCAUUGAGACCCUCCAGCUGCUAUCCACGGCAUUCUCUCCAAGGGACAAACUAGCCGUCAUCCAGAAGACUUUCGAGUGCAUAAACGAGCGCGCUGUGGCACGUCUGGGGAGGAUGUUCCAGUGGACAAUGGACGACCUUUUCCCUGUGAUGCAGUUUGUGGUUGUGCGUUCCCGCAUCCAGCACUUGGGGGCUGAGAUCCGCCUUGUUGAGGAUUUACUUGAUGAUGGCGGUGGUGGUGGCGCCAGCAGCUGGAGCCUGCUUGGAGAACUCGGCCUUAUGUUCACCACACUUAAAGCCUGCUAUUACCAAAUUCAGAAUGAGAAGGUGACAUACCUAGUCUGAGGAAGGGAAGAAAGUAAAAGGGAAUAGAAAGAAAAGAAAAUCAGUUACUUGAGCGAUGAAAGGGAGAGUGUGGAAACGGAAGAGAAGAGAGAAUACAAUAACAAGAAUGUAGGAAAGGAAGGAGUCGAGGAAGAAUAGGAA